AUGGCACAACAGGCAGACCUACAGAAUAUCCUGGCUGUUCUAGCCGCGCAGAGCCAAAGCGGUACUCCUGCACAAAACCUGCCUCUGCCAGGACAAUAUCCUCAAUAUGCGAGUCCUCCGCCGGCAGGACAGAUGUCCUAUGGCCUGCCUCAACCCAUCAAUUCUGGCAGCGUGGAUCUCGCAGGUAUCAAACCCAUUAACUCGGGCUCGGUAAGCAUUGCAGAUGCCAUGGCGAAAGCUCGCCAGAACUACGACCCACGAGCUGCCUCACGAAACGACCCUCGAAGCAACUUUCAUCACUCCAGGUCUCCUUCUCCACCAAGAGGACGGGACAACUUCAGGGAUAAUUUCAAUCCUUACAGAGACGAGCGACGUGGAGGUAAUGAUCGCAAUUUCAAUCGAGAGCGCUCGUUCUCCCCUCGACGCGAUCGUUACGGUUCUCCUGCGUACCGUGACCGUUCACCUCAAAGAGCUGGCGAGAACACGGAUUCUGAAGUCGUCGCAAUAGAAAAAGGUUUGGUCGGCCUGAUUAUUGGAAGAGGUGGUGAGAAUCUUCGACGAGUUGAGGGUCAAACUGGUGCUCGUGUGCAGUUCAUUGACAGCGCAGAUACCCCUGGCACCAAACGGCAUUGCAGAGUUUCUGGUCCACGUGCUGCUGUCGCAAGUGCCAAAGCAGAAAUCUACAAGAUCAUUGAGGACAACGAACUGGCCAAAAGAGGAUCUGACAAGUCGCGAGAUGCAGGUGCGCCUAUGGAGGCUAUUACCCAAGAAGGCGACAGCUUGCAGGUGAUGGUGCCAGACCGAACCGUUGGCCUCAUCAUCGGACGCGGGGGUGAGACCAUCAGAGACUUGCAAGAACGCAGUGGCUGUCACGUCAACAUCGUUGGCGAGAACAAGAGUGUGAAUGGCCACCGGCCUGUGAACUUGAUCGGCAGUGCUGCCUCACAACGCCACGCCAAAGACCUGAUCUUCGAAAUCGUAGAAAGCGACCAAAAAGGCAUCAGUAUCAAGGAACUUCGUGCCCGGCAGAGCGAUCCUCACAGCAAGGUCAAUGACACCAUCACCGUGCCCGGCGAAGCAGUAGGCAUGAUCAUUGGCAAAGGAGGUGAGACCAUUCGUGAGAUGCAAGACCGAACUGGAUGCAAGAUCAACGUAUCGCCUCCCACUGGCCGUGAUAUCGAACGUGAAAUUGGCCUGAUAGGCACCCGCAAUUCCAUUGAAGCUGCCAAGCGUGCUAUCCUGGAGAAGGUCGACGCUGUCGCCGCUCGCGGCAGGUCACAAGACGAUUCUAGUAACUACGACAGGUAUCCUGCUCAAGGUGCCAAUGCUUAUCCAACAGCCGUGCCUCAAGCACAAGCUCCGACCGCUGAUCAGGAAGCCAUGUACGCACCUUAUGGCGGCUACGAAAACUAUGCACGAAUGUGGUAUGCUGCUGUGGCACAACAACAGCAGCAAGGUGGUCAAGGUCAAGGUGAGCACAGAUGA